UUUACGUAUUUGUCCUCGGCAGCGCCACCGCCUUCCUUCCUCUCUCCGCUCUCUCUCUCCGCUGCAACCGUUGGCGGCGGAUUCGCUCUAUAACGAUUCUCCGGAUAUUUUUCAGGGUGCUGUGAGUGAGCGUGGACUGCUGAUAGAGCUCUGAGGGUGAUGGAUGGAGUCAAAUUUUGAAAUUGUUGAGAGGAAUGGAAAACAGUAGAAGAGGAGUACCUAUGGCGGAGGUGAGUUUAGAGAUGUGGAAGGCAUGCGCCGGCACCUUGGCCCAAUUGCCGCCGGAGGAUUCGAAGGUAUAUUAUUUCCCCCAAGGCCAUGCUGAGCACACUCUUACUACAAUGGAUUUUGGGAAUUUCCCCAAAAUUGCAUCUAUGAUUCCCUGCAGAGUGAUUAGUGUGAAACAUUUGGCCGAUUCUGAAACUGAUGAAGUCUACGCUAAGAUGAAGCUGAUUCCUCUUGAGAAAAACGAGUGUGUCUUUGGUAAUGAUGGUAGCGAUGGCGUCGGAGAGAGAGGAUCUUCUAGUACUAAAAAGAAAUCGUCUUCCUAUGUGAAGACACUGACUCAGUCGGAUGCCAACAAUGGUGGAGGGUUCUCUGUUCCUCGCCACUGUGCGGAAACAAUCUUCCCGCCGUUGGAUUACAAUGUCGAUCCGCCUGUCCAGAAUUUGAAAGCGAGGGAUGUUCAUGGGAUGGAAUGGAACUUCAGGCAUAUCUUCCGGGGAACUCCGAGGAGGCACUUGUUGACGACUGGAUGGAGCUCUUUUGUGAAUAAAAAGAAACUGACGGCUGGAGACUCAGUUGUGUUUGUGAAGGAUGAGAAUGGGGAGAUUCUUGUUGGGAUUCGAAGGUCGAAGAAGAUUGGAUUGUUUGGUGGGAAUGAGUCCUCUUCUCCAUGGAACUCGGGGGUUUUUGGAGGGUUUUCCUCCUUUUUGGAGGAGGAUGAGAAGAACCUCGAUGAUACAAGUGUUGGUAGUGUAAAUACGAGGGAUAAGGGUAAAGUGAAGCCUGAGAUGGUGCUCGAAGCUGCAUUCUUGGCUGCUAAUGGCAGCCCUUUUGAGGUUGUCUUCUAUCCACGUGCAGGCACGCCCGAGUUUUGUGUGAAGGCUUCGUUAGUGGAUCAUGCUACAAGGAUCUCCUGGUGCACUGGACUUAGGGUCAAGAUGCCAUUGGAAAGUGAGGAUGGAGCCAAAAUAACUUGCCAUGUUGGAACUGUAAAUGCUGUUCAGGUUCUUGAUCCCGUCCAUUGGCCUGUUUCAUUUUGGCGAUCGGUUCAGGUGACAUGGGAUGACAAUGACCAGUUGCAAAACAUGAAAUACAUCAACCCUUGGCUUGUCGAGACAAAUCCAAUUAUUCCGCUUAUCAGUGUUCCCCCCUUCGGACCAAGAAAGAGGAUGCGUUUGCAGCACCACUCGGAUUUCCUGCUUGAUCCCCAAUUUCCAAUGCCAUCAUUCUCAGGCAUCCCCCUAAGUUCGAGCAGUUCCUUAACCUGCAUUUCCAACAGCUUUUCCGCAGGCAUACAGAGCGCCAGGCAAUCUCAAAUUGGAGUCCAGUCAUUGGAUCUCCACCUUAACAACAAACAGCCGAUCGGAGGACUUCUGAAGCCCAAUAUUCCCAAUACAAUGGAGAAGGAUGUUGUCGAGGAUAAGGGAAAUAUAUCCUGUCUAUUGACCAAUGGAAGUUCUAGUCAGAAGACGAAAAACAGUCCAUUCUUUAUCUUUGGUCAGCGGAUACUCACAGAACAGCAGAUUUCUGAGCUGUUUUUGCACUGUCAUUCUUCUGAACUUACUCUCGGCACUGGACACUGUAGGGUUUUCCUGGAGUCGGAACAUGAAGGCCGGUCUCUUGAUCUAUCUACACUUGGCUCGUAUGAAGAGCUGUAUGAAAAAUUACAAGAAAUGUUUGGGAUUGAAAGUGUACAGAUGCCGAAGCGUGUGUUUUAUAGUGAUGCAUCCGGCGCUGUUAAACAAACUGGCCGCGAACCCUUCAGUGAAUUUGUGAAAGCAGCCGAAAGACUGGGCGUACAAAGAGUAAAUUAAUGACGGGUUUGGCGAGCGAGGAGGUCGGUCGGUCUGGAAUCGUCGAAGCAGGCGGGAGGAGAGCUAUGUAUGUAUUUUCCAGAAGAGGGAAUAUUAUGUGGUUAGUUUUUCUCAUCAUUAUGUUGAAGUUUUUUAUGAACUAGCUUGAGCUUGUCCUUUCUUUUUGUGGAUGGAUUGAUUUCAUGGACAGUUAUAGUUAUUGUAGUUACUAUGUUUUGCUCUGCAUCA